GUACAACACUGUCAUUAAUUGUUAAAAAAAAAAUAAUGCUCAUUGUUAAAUAUUUUAGGAAUUUUCUUGUAAUUUAAUAAAAGUUUUUCUAAAAACAAAAAUACAAGAAAGUUUAAUGAAAACUAGAAAGAAACCUCAAAACGAGCGGUGUUAUUUUGAUAAAGGAAGUUACCGACAAUGAACAAGAUUCCGCAACCUUGUUCCCACUUUUCCAAUGAACAUUCCUCUUUAUUGGAUGUCAAGCAAAUUGAUGGGAAUAAUACAUGUGCCAACUGCCCAUAUAAUGGACCUAAUCUGUGGAUCUGUUUAUAUCACAAGUGCAUGCAAAUUGGUUGUUCUGAACAGGCCAAUGACCACAGCACGGACCACUUUCAACGAAGCAAGGACAAACAUUUGCAUUGUGUACACAUGAAUUUGUCAUCUCAGAGGGCCUGGUGUUAUCUCUGCGAACGUGAGGUGUCCAUUGGUGGGGUAGACAGACAUGUACACGUAACUGCUGACCCACUCUUAAGGAAUAUACCGUAUUCUGAUGAUGAGAAUGAUUCAGAUUCUGGUACUAGUGGUGCGAGUACUGGCUUGGUAGGCCUGCAAAAUAUAGCAAAUACUUGUUAUAUGAAUUCAGCCCUGCAGGCCUUAAGUAAUGUUGUACCUAUGACACAUUAUUUUCUGCAUUGCAGUGAUUUGGUGGAUUAUACAUUGGAGCAGGGUGCACAUAGAUGUAAGGCUGGUUUAGCAAAGAGCUAUCAACGUUUAAUGCGGGAUAUGUGGCGCAAAAGAGGAGAAGGCAAAGCAUUUUUAGCUCCCCGUAGUAUAUUAUAUGGCAUCCGUUCAGUUCAUCCCAUGUUCAGAGGAUUUCAGCAACACGAUACACAAGAGUUUCUACGCUGUUUUAUGGAUCAAUUACACGAAGAACUAAAGGAACAAACCGGCCAUGUUGAGUCCAGAACGACAGGCUCUUUCUCUAACCAGUCUACAAAGGAUGAUGGCUAUGAGUGUGAAGAUACACCCUCAGAAAUGAGCUCAACAUGUAGUUCAAAUUCCUUUGGUUCAGAUUACCUGACAUGCGAAAGUUCUGCUUCUGAACAAUCUAGUCUCUGUGAAGAACCCAUCAAUGCCAAGCCCAUUGGCAUGAUGGCCAACUCUUCAUGCUCUGUAUCUACGAGUGGAUCAAACAAUAUGACAAAUUCUACAGCGUCUACUUCUACUUCGGCCGUACGUUCAAUUGUUAGCGACAUUUUUGAUGGCAAAUUGUUAUCAUCGGUUCAAUGUCUAACCUGCGAUCGCAUAUCGACUCGAGAAGAAACGUUUCAGGAUCUUUCUUUGCCCAUUCCCCAUCGUGAUUUCUUGACAGUCCUUCAUCAAACCAAUAGCAUAAGUGUACAAAGCUUGAACAGCAUAGAUUCAACAACAUCGGCCAGGACAAAUGAUAGUUGGUUGUCAUGGAUUUGGAAUAUGGUGCGUUCGUGGCUGUGGGGCCCAUCGGUGAACUUGCACGACUGUAUGGCUAGUUUCUUUAGUGCGGACGAACUAAAGGGCGACAAUAUGUACAGUUGCGAAAAGUGUAACAAACUACGUACGGGAAUGAAAUAUUCACGUAUUCUAGACUUACCCGAAGUUCUGUGCAUACAUUUGAAACGGUUUCGCCACGAUUUGUCAUACAGUUCGAAAAUUUCGUCGCAUGUUGAAUUUCCGUUGGAAAAUUUAGAUAUGCGAUCUUAUAUACACAAGGAUUGCAAGUCACAAGUACCACAUUACAACCUCUCUUCGGUGAUAUGUCAUCAUGGCACUGUGGGCGGUGGUCAUUACACCUGCUUUGCCCGCAACGCUCUCACCGAUCGCUGGUACGAAUUUGAUGAUCAUCACGUUAAUGAAGUUCAGCCAGAGACGGUUCAAAACUGCCAAGCGUAUGUUUUAUUCUAUCACAAAAACAAUCCCCAAAUGGAGGAUAUACGUUUCGAGGCAAACGAAUUGGCUGCUUCAUAUCCAGUAUCACAGUCCGACAUAACAUUUUACAUAUCUCGGGAAUGGUUGGCACGUUUUAAUACAUUCUCCGAGCCUGGGCCUAUUAGCAACUGGUCUAUGCUGUGUCCGCAUGGUGGUGUUUUGCACGCAAAAAUAUCGGUGAUUUCACAGCUGGCAGUACCAAUAGCUCAACAAUUGUGGGAGUUUCUAUACCGCAAAUUCGGUGGUGGUCCUGCCAUAAAUAUGCUGUUUGAAUGUGAGGCUUGCAAGCGGUCUGCUGAGGCUCUAGCCCAUCGACAACAUUACGAACAUUCCGUUUUUCAACGCUACAAUGACUUGGAGCUGGAUUCGGCGGCCAUUUAUGCUGUUUCUAUGAGUUGGUUACGUAAAUGGCAGCAAUUUGCCAGAGGUCUGACACACAAGGAACCUGGUGCCAUCAAUAAUGCGAGUAUUGUUCCAUCAUCAAAAGAUGCAGGUCAAAAGAGUUCUCCCGUUCGAAAUGUGCGCGUGGGUUCUGAUUAUGUACAAUUAAAUGCCCCAUCUUGGCGUUUUUUGCAUGAUAUUUAUGGCGGUGGUCCAGAAGUUCUAUUGAGGCCCUCCCUAACGGAAGAGAUCAUUAUUAUCGAUCAAGAUGAGUUGGAUGAAAGUGAGGAUGGUCAAACUGGAAAUAUUUCCGAUACUGAAAGUAACAUGGGUGGUCACAAUUACAUUUUCCCCGAAUCAACAAAUGUUAAUACUACAACAGAAAGUGCACUUAACGACGAACCAGAUGAAUGUGAGGAUGAACUUUCUUCAUCGAAUGCCAACAAAAAGAGACAAAAUCAUAAAGAAAGAUCAUCGGUUAAGAAAUACACAAAAACCUCACAUGUAUCCAAAAAAGUAACAAUAACCAAAGGAGCUAAAAAUAAAGGAAACCAAGAAUUAUUUGGCCUUCAAGGCAAAUACAUUACAAAAGAUAAUGAAUCACAUUCCCAAGACGAAGACGAGGAGCAACUGCAGCAGCAACAAAAUAGCCAUAACGAUAAGCAACAAGAAGCAUUUAUUACUAUGGGUAAUAAAUCCAAAAAAGCAUUCCGCAACGAAAAACGCCAAAAACAGCAACAGCAGCAACGUAAAUCUAAUGUCGCUGCCAACGCUAAUUCAUCAAAUACUAGUGAAGUAUUGGAAAAACGAUCUUCGCACACUAAACGUGGAAAAAAAUCUAAGAAUUCUGUUGUUUUAAAGAACAUUCAACAAUUACAUGACACAGCUGCCAGUGAUUCUAAUGAAACUGAUAUAUAGAGUGUGACUAUAAAAAAAAACAACAACAUGCCUUAUUUCUUUUCUUUAGUUCGUUGCAUACAACGAAAAACUUGUAAUAAUUUUUAUUUUCGUUUCUCUCUUUUAGAAAUAUAAUUUAUUUUUAUUAGUUUUUAUUAUUAAAUAAAAAAGAAAGCAAACUCUGCUUAAUGAGUUUAUUGUGGGUAGAGGCUUUAUAACUUAAAGAUGAAAGAAACAUGUAACUAUAUAAAUAAAAAAAAACAAAAAUCAAUUGUAAAAAAUAUAACUCAAGUGAGUUCAAUUAUGAAUAGGAGUAAAAGAGCUGGUGUAUUUUAAAUUAUAAAAAUAAAUAAAAAAAAAUCAGAAAACAAUAACAUCUUGUGAUAAUCUCAAGAGAUAUAUGAUCGAUAUUUAUAAAAGAAAUAAACUGACUUAUCGAAAAUAAAUGAAACCAAAGAAAUUAUUGAUUUUAUUUAAUGUUAAGAAAGUAGCUACUCUAGUUUCUGUUAUCAUUUUAAAUCACAUAAAAUUUAAAAUAUACUUAAAUUUUAAAUUUAAUGUUGUCAUUUUAAUAAAAGAAAUAUUUGCAAAAACUA